AUGACGCUGCCUCAAGUGAACGAUGAACUGCAGCCAAGCGGUGGAGCUGGCUUGCAGGAAUAUGCCACUUGUUGUGAUAAAAUCCAAUCCAUCGUAAUCGACUUAGAUCCGGGGUUGGAAACCCGCGGAUUUUGUGAUACACAUGAGCUCAGUAUCACUGCGCUUGUUCAGGUGGCCUGGGGAGCGGUCCUUCGCUCCUAUACAGCCUCAAACAUUAUCUGCUUUGGAUACAUCACACCCGGACAUAUCGGUGAUACCAAUAGCCAGGUCUGUGUGGUGGACAUGGCCAACAAUGUCUCCGUCUUGGAACAUCUUCAGCAAGGCACCCGGGGCUCUUUUUGGACUAACUCCGAAGAGGCGAUGCAAAGCUUCGAUACGGUCAUAAUGCAUGAUACGACCGUUGAGAAGUCGAACGGCAUGCAUUACUACCAGACAUCGAGAAUUGUAGUCGAGAUCCACCUGAACGGAGACGGAAUCAUAGCCUCACUGAACUACCACUCGUCGGCAUUUGAACAAGCCAAUUACAUGGCCAAUGCGUUCAGCCACGCAGUGUCGCAAAUGAUGAGUAAACCUGAAAAGGGCGUGAGUAGCUUGGAUUUGUGCAGCCGACACGACCUCGAUCAAAUCGCCCAGUGGAAUAGGGAAGCGCCCCCGAAGUCAAACGACUGCGUCAACAUCGUCAUAUCACGCCAAUGCUUUGAGCAUCCUGACGACGUGGCUGUCACCUCGUGGGAUGGCGAAUUCACAUACAACGAGCUGGAUCGACUUUCAACAACCGUGGCAAUCCGCCUUGCUGCCAGUGGAGUCCGCCCAGAAUCAUUUGUUCCGCUUUGCUUCGAGAAAUCCAAGUGGGCAAUUGUUGCAAUACUCGGGGUGAUCAAGAGCGGUGGUGCCUAUGUACUUUUAGACCCGGCAUAUCCUCUCGACCGUAUCCGCAGUAUAUGCCAGACCGUCGACGCGGAGCUCGUGAUGGCCUCGACCGAAAAUAGUAGGAUUAUGGAGGAGCUCGCACCACUGGUAAUCACGGUCGGACAGGAAAUAUUCAGCUGGCCACAAGCUCAAGAUGAUGGAACAGGGAGUAUCAGCACACAACUAACACCCCAGAAUGCCUUAUACGCCGUCUUCACGUCAGGAUCGACCGGAGUGCCAAAAGGCGUUGUCAUUGAACAUGCGGCCUUCUGCGCGGCGGCCAAGGCGAACAAAACGGCUUUAUCACUCGAUCGUAAUUCAAAGGUGCUGCAAUUUGCCAGCUUCGCUUACGAUGUAGCGAAUCGAGAUAUCUUGUUUACGUUAAUGUUCGGUGGCACUAUCUGUCUGCCGUCAGAUUCGGAUCGCGGCAACGACAUCGCUUCAUUCAUUAAUCGAUCUGCUGUAAACUGGGCCAGUCUUAGCCCAUCUGUUGUUGGUCUGAUAGCACCGGAGAGUGUGCCAACCUUGCGAUGUUUACUUUUAGGUGGUGAAUCGAUGACAUCAGCAAAUGUUGCUUUAUGGGCUGGCAAGGUUCACCUGAUGAAUGCUUAUGGUCCGUGCGAAUGUGCGGCCGUCAGCUCUCUACAAUCCAAGAUAGAGGUUGGUUCAGACCACAGAAAUAUAGGCCGGGGCAUUGGGCCUGCUCUUUGGAUAGUCGACAUGGACAACCCAAACCAGCUGCUGCCGAUCGGAGCGACCGGAGAGCUGGUCAUAGAAAGUUCCUCUGUUGGGCGGGGGUAUAUAAACGACCAAGUAGGAACUUCAUCGUCAUUCCUGGAGUCGACCGCUUGGCUGUCCCAGGUACGCUCUGCCGGGUCAACACGACGCCUAUAUAGAACUGGAGAUUUGGCGCGGUACAAUACAAACGGUACGCUCAAUUUCCUUGGUCGCAAGGACAGCCAGAUCAAGAUACACGGUCAGAGGGUGGAGCUGACAGAGGUGGAAUACCGCAUGCGGUGUGCACUCGCUGAACUUCGCAUUCAAACCAACAAUGUAACUGUAGGCCUCCUCCACGGCCGGAGGCUAGCGGCAUUCAUCAAUAUUUCUGUUCCAGACGAUGGACAGAAUGAUGAUAUCUUUAUUCGGGAUGAUCGGGCAGUGCCAUAUUUGCGACCGAUAGAAGAGCGGCUUUCAAAGGUUUUACCGCGACAUAUGAUCCCGUCGAUCGUUAUCCCAACCCGGAAAAUGCCACUGAAUAUGUCAGGGAAAAAAGAUAGAAAGCGACUUCUCUUUCUUGCGUCAAAGCUCUCCCCAAGUGAAAUCAAAAUAUUCUACGGAGGCUCGUCAUCGAGCGAAGCCCCAGCUAACGAGAUUGAGAAACGGUUGCAUCUGCUGUGGGCAAAGAUACUCCAUCGAGCACCACAAAGCAUAGGCCGACAUGACAGCUUUUUCCGGUGUGGCGGCGAUUCUAUUGCGGGAAUGAAGCUGGUGACAGCAGCGCGAGAAGAAGGCAUCGAUUUGACUGUGGCAGAGUUAUUCGCCUACCCAAAGCUGUCGGACCUUGCACUGAUCGUGCGUCAAGUAAUAAAAAGUGAUAGACCGGACAUACGCCCCUUCGGCCUUGUCGCAGAUAAGGACCUGGAUAAAGUCAGAAGGCUAGUAAUCGAACAAUGCGAGAUCGACGGGGGCCAGAUUGAAGAUAUCUAUCCAUGCACCGCGAUGCAAGAAGGCUUGAUCGCCUUAACAGCAAAGGAUCAGCGCAUGCACAUUUUGCAGUCGGUGUACAAAUUGCCCCGUCACGUUGAUAUAACCAGGUUUCAAUUUGCGUGGGGGUUGGUCAUUGAGAAGAAUCCUAUUCUGCGGACACGAAUCAUCCAAUCCGUUGCUCUAGGGACGUUCCAAGCUGUUAUCAAAGGGAAUAUGCUCUGUCAAUAUCACAGUGAUCUGGACAAGUACCUGGACCAAGAUUGUUCUACUCCAAUGCGGAUUGGCCAACCACUAAUACGCCUGGCGAUCACCAGAAAAGCCAAGUCUGAUGAGCACAGUGGCAAUCCAUUGCCAUACCGAAGGUUCAGCUCAUUUGUUGACCACGUUAUACAGUCUCACCAUGAUAGUGCAGACUUUUGGCGUUCAGAGUUUACGGCUAUUGAUGCCGUCCCUUUUCCAUCUUUGCCUUCCAUGGCGUAUGUGCCGCGCACAACAAGAAUCGUCACACGUGAAAUCGCAUUAGAACCAAGACAAGUAGGGGAGGGCGACGAAUUCACCAUUUCCACAAAGCUGCGUCUUGCAUGGGCAAUUAUACUCUCACUCCACACCAAUCGUAAGGAUGUCAUCUUUGGCGUGACGAGUUCUGGACGGAGUGCUCCGGUAGAAGGAGUAGAGCAGAUGACUGGUCCAACUAUUACUACUGUACCACUUCGUGUUCAACUGCAGCAUGAUCAGUUAGUCAAGGACGCACUUAGCGAUCUUCAAGCUCGUUCUGCUGGCAUGAUCCGAUUUGAGCAGUUUGGAUUGCAGAACAUUAGCCGUCUUGGGAAGGAGGCUGAAGCUGCCUGUCAAUUUCAAAGCUUGCUGGUUGUCCACCCCGCUGAGAAUGAUAGCAAUACUAUACUAAAAGACGGGCAAACCACUGCAGAUGAAUCAAAAUAUAACAGCUAUGCAAUCAUGCUUUCGUGUCAUCUGGAUGUUGAUUAUGUGAAUGUGAAAGCGGUUUUUGAUGAAAAUGUUGUGACCGAGUUGCAGAUGAGGCGAAUCCUCGAUACCCUCGCCAGCACCACCAAGAAAAUACACUCCAACAUGUCCGAUACCAUGGCGGAGAUCAGCACGAUUAGUCCAGAGGAUAUAACACAGCUUGAAAGGUGGAAUAGCAGUGUCCCAAAAGCAGAGGAGUGUUGUGUCCACGAAGUCAUCAACAAGCACUUUAUGACUCGACCAGAAGCACCAGCAAUUUGCGCUUGGGAUGGAGAGCUUACGUACAGAGAACUUGAUAUAUUAUCAUCCAAGUUGGCAAGACACUUAACCAGUCUCGGCGUGGGCCCAGAAGUGAUUGUGUCUCUUUGCUUUGAGAAGAGUAAAUGGACAACCGUCGCUAUUCUUAGUGUCGUGAAGGCAGGCGGCGCAUUCUUACUACUGGACCCAUCACAUCCAUCCACACGCCUUGAAAAGAUCUGUGCAAGUGCUGGAGCCACCAUUGUCUUGUGUUCCGCACAAAAUACUGCCAAGGCAGCUGGGCUGGCAGCCACCGUGGUCCCUGUUAGUGACGAUGAGAUUGCAUGGCACGGAAUGGAGGGUAAUUGGAGGAGCUCUAUAGUUCAGCCACACAACGCUCUAUAUGUAGUGUUUACAUCUGGUAGCACAGGGGAGCCAAAAGGGGUGGUGAUCGAGCACCGUGCGUUCUGCACCGGGUCAUUGCACCAUUCCAAAGCACUCUGUUUGACCUCUGAAUCCAGGGUCUUCCAAUUCUCAUCCUACGCAUUCGAUGUCAGCAUUGCAGAUACACUGAGCACACUGCUUAAUGGAGGAUGUCUCUGUGUACCGUCCGAGACUGAUCGUGGCGGGUUAAUCGAAAACGCAAUCAAUAAGCUACAUGCUAACUGGGCUGAUCUCACCCCGUCAGUCGCUAGAAUCCUGCGCCCUGAUGACAUCCCUGGUCUAAAGACGGUAAUCCAUGGUGGUGAAAAAAGAAAUGCGUCCGAUAUCCGUAUGUGGGAAGGGCAUGCCAAAGUCUUCAACCUUUAUGGUCCCGCAGAGUGCUCAGUGGUGUCAACGGUGCAGUCGUGUUCUGAUGGUGAUGCGAACAAUAUUGGCUUCGCUACAGGAUCGGCGUGCUGGGUUGUCGACCAAUCAGACCAUACGCGACUGGUUCCUAUUGGUGUGGUUGGAGAGUUAUUGAUCGAAGGGCCAAUCGUCGGUCGAGGGUAUAUAAAUCAACCGCAAAAGUCAGAAGAGGCGUUUAUACAAAGUCCUCCGUGGCUAGCUCAUUUUCGACAGGAUAAUGACCGAUUGUACAAGACAGGAGACCUUGUGCAGUACAACGACGAUGGCUCCCUCCAGGUGGUUGGCCGCAAGGACACACAGAUCAAAAUUAACGGCCAACGUAUUGAGCUGGGUGAGAUAGAGCAUCAUGUUCACCGCUGCUUUCCCGGAGCACGACAGACAUUGGUGGAAGUGGUAGUACCUGUCGAUGAAAAUGCCAGACCACUGCUGGUAGCAUUUAUCCUGGUUCAAGACGCUGGGACCGAUGCGCAUGGCCAAGGAAGCGCACUAGAGUCCAGCCUUUUUGCUGGAGUAAGCGAAGAGUUUCAAUCAGCGACUUUGAAAACAGGCUCGGAGCUCAAUGAAUGCUUACCUAGCUAUAUGGUGCCGAGAAUAUUCGUGCCCCUCAGAUACUUGCCCAUGUCAGGAACAGGCAAAACAGACCGUCGAGCAAUAAGGACAUACGCCUCGCAGCUCACGCGGAUGCAGCUAGAAGCGUACACGGUUGAUGACUCGGUAGAAAAAAGAGCACCAACUACCGAGACCGAGAUGCUGCUUCAGGGGAUCAUAGCCGAGGUCAUUGGCAUGGAGGUGGAUAGGAUUGGGAUGGAUGACAGUUUCUUUCGUCUGGGAGGGGACUCAAUCACAGCGAUGAAGUUGGUGGGACACGCACGUGACCAUGGCCUUUUGUUUACUGUGCCAGACGUGUUCCUCCACCCCAAACUGUCAGACCUCGCCCUGACUGCCCAGCGGAUUUCUCAUGAUGAUUUUCAAGAAACUAUCCAGCCUUUCUCCCUCUUUGAAGAGGGAGCAGUCCGGAAGCAUGUCCGUGAGACAGCAACGAAACAAUGCGCUGUCUCCAUGGCCGAAAUCGAUGACAUAUAUCCUUGCACAGCGAUGCAAGAAGGCCUGAUGGCACUGACAGCGAUGAGGCCUGGCGCAUAUAUGGGCCAAUAUACCUUCAACUUCCCCAGCAGUGUUGGUAUCGACGACUUCCAGAGAGCAUGGGAGGCAGUCUAUCAGGCAAACCCCAUUCUACGGACCCGAAUUGUGCAUGUCGAAGGACACGGCAUGUUUCAGGUCGUUGUAAGAGAGAGGAUAAGCUGGGAGCUGCACGAUUCGCCCAUGGAGGCUCAGUUGGGCGGGCGUCUAGUACGGCUUUGUUUUUCAGAGGAGGCAGAUGGCUUUCAGUUUAUCAUGACGCUGCAUCAUGCCCUUUAUGAUGGCUUGUCUCUUCUUUCAAUCUUGAAGCAGGUCGAGCAGGCUUACAACGGCCAUACGCUCCCAGCUCGACCAUUCACCCCCUUUAUCAAAUAUAUCGAACAUUUAGACACUGAAACCGCGGACAGCUUCUGGCGGUUGGAGCUUUCAGACCUCAACGCCGUCCCUUUUCCGACACUACCCUCUGCGACAUACAAACCAGCGCCCACCACGACUAUGCUGCAUAUUAUACCUCAUUUGCCAUCCGGUAGCGAUAAAGACACUACUCUGUCAACGACAGUACGACUGGCGUGGGCGUUGGUUUUGGCCCAAUACACUGCGUCGGAUGAUGUAGUCUUUGGAGCUACCAUCAGUGGACGCAGUGCACCCGUCACUGGUAUCGAUACAAUCACAGGGCCAGCCAUCACAACAGUCCCUCUGCGAAUCCGCACUCAAGGCAAUGUUGUGGUUGAGCAAGCGCUGCAGGCGAUUCAGAGCAAAGCAAUGGCAAUGAUUCCAUUCGAACAAAUCGGGCUGCAGAGGAUUGGCCGCCUAGGAGCUGAGCCGGCCACUGCAUGUCGCUUUCAGAGCUUAUUGGUGAUGCAGACAGACCAGGAAGAACAUAGUCUAAAUCUCCUUGGGCAGCGUGCACAACACCCCUAUAACCAGGAGGAAUUUUAUACAUAUGCACUUACUGUACUUUGUGAACCAAGCGCUGGGUCUCUGAAUCUACGGGCAGUGUUUGAUGAGAAGGUUCUUCCUGAGGGGCAGAUAAAGUUAAUACUGUCCCAAUUCGCUCAUUUCAUACAGCAGAUAAGCAGCCAUCCAAGGCGGACUAUGCAUGAGAUUGACCUCAUCAGCCCCGAAGAUCUGACACUACUGGGCGUGGCGCCAGGGACAGAUACAUUUAUUCCCCUCUGCUUCGAAAAAUCAAAGUGGACUACAGUGGCAAUGCUUGCAACCGUCAAGGCCGGAGCAGCAUUUGUUCUCUUGGAUCCGUCGCAUCCGCCCAAGCGCCUUCAGGAUAUAUGUCGUGAAGUGGGGGCAUCAAUCAUAAUUUCUUCGACAUUGCAAACUGGGUUGAGCGCAGAUCUCGCAGCUACUGUUGUCCCACUGCCAUUUGUUGAUACUACGUGCCAUACUGUGGAUGGAACCGGACCAGACACUGGAAAGAUUCAAUCAAAGAAUGCUUUAUACGCAGUCUUUACAUCGGGUUCCACUGGCCGACCGAAAGGAAUCAUCAUCGAACACGAGUCAUUCUGCACAGGCGCAGAGGCACAGAUAAAAUCUCUGAAACUUGACUGUACAUCGAGGGUUUUCCAAUUUGCUUCAUAUGCCUUUGAUGUGAGUAUCGCGGAUAAUCUGACUACAUUAAUAGCCGGAGGCUGUGUUUGCGUUCCAAGCGAAGCCGAACGUCACAAUGAUAUUCCAGGAGCCAUGACCCGGCUACAGGUGAAUAGUGCCCCGCUAACCCCCUCUGUUGCGAGGCUCCUGGUCCCAGAGAAGACAAAAUUAAAGAGGCUUAUGUUAGCGGGCGAACCAAUGUCGCCAGCGGACAUUGAAGCAUGGGCUGCAAAGACACAGCUGGUGAAUAUGUACGGGCCUGCAGAAUGCUCUGUUUUCUCCACCAUUCAACCAAGGAUUAACCCGGGAUCUGAUCCCAGGAAUAUCGGGCAUGCUAUUGGAUCUGUAUCCUGGAUUGUCAAGAAAGAUGACCAUCGUAAGCUGGUACCAAUUGGUGCUGUUGGUGAGCUGGUCAUUCAGGGUCCUAUUGUUGGGCGCGGAUACAUCAACAAUAAAGAAAAGACGGCAGAUGUCUUUUUUGAUAAUCCACCAUGGGCAACGACGAGCAGUGACCGAUUCUAUAAAACAGGCGAUCUGGUGCGAUAUGCACUGGACGGUUCGAUCAGCUAUAUUGGCAGGAAAGACACACAGAUAAAGAUCAGCGGGCAGCGGAUGGAGCUCGGCGAAAUCGAGCAUCAUGUAUGUCGCCAAUUCAAAGGAGCACAAGACGUGGUGGUCGAGGCUGUGAUCAGACAGAGCCAUGAACAUCCAAUUCUGAUGGCCUUUAUCUGGUGCGGUCCGAGCGAACAAGAACAAAGCCUUGCAUUUACAGGACCUUCCCAACAAUUCAAAGCAGAGGCACACCGGGUCGAAUCAGCAUUGCACGAGGUCCUUCCGGCCUAUAUGAUUCCGAAUGUGUUUAUCCCUUUGUCCCAAAUCCCGUUGUCACUGUCAGGGAAGGUCAACAGGCGUUAUAUAAGCGAGCAGGCUGCGCAGAUGGACUUGCAGAUAUACAACUCCCCGGAUAUGGAAAAAGAGAAGCCAUCAACAAAUGCAGAACGCGCUCUGCAGCAAGCCUGGGCAAAGAUCCUCAACAUCGAUCCUGAUCAUAUUGGUGUUGAGGAUAGUUUCUUCCGUCUUGGUGGGGAUUCUAUCACUGCAAUGCAGGUAUCAGCACAGUUAAGGGCUACGGCAGGAGUCUCUGUUGCUGUUUCGGACAUCUUUCUUUACAAAACCAUCUCACGAAUAGCCCAGCAUAUGCAGUCGGAUGAUAGAUGUCUAUUUCCAGACAUUCAAGACGCAGAAUCUGUCAAUCAGCCGACGGAUGUCAAAUUUGAGCUUUCGCCCAUCCAGCAAAUGCUUUUCGAGUAUGCACCACAGGGGCAUAACCACUUCAAUCAGAGUUUCUUUCUUCGAGUGGUACGUGGUGCAAAGAUUGAAGCUGCUGAAAUGGCACAGGCGCUCGAUUCGAUUGUUGCGCAUCAUUCAAUGCUACGGGCACGAUUUAGUCACGAAGAAGGCAGAUGGGCUCAACGCAUAAUAUCGAACGACAAGAAUAGCUAUCAUUUUAAUCAACACAAACUGCCGUCUUGGUCCGAAGUGAAUAGUACUGUGGCCACAAGCCAGAGCAGCCUGGAUAUCCAACGUGGGCCUGUAUUCCGGGUUGACCUGAUGACAGUGGGGAUUGAGAAAGAGCAGUAUGUGUCGUUGGUAGCUCAUCACUUGGUCGUUGAUCUUGUAUCGUGGCGAAUCAUUCUCGGCGAUUUAGAGGAGCUGCUUUCAUCGCAGAGUUCAUCAAUUUCUCAACAUCCUUCACUUUCAUUCCAGCGAUGGUGCCGUCUACAGGAGGACUACAGCCGUGAUAAUCUACUCCCUAAAACGGCGUUGCCAUUCACCGUCCCUCAUCCACCGGAGGAUUAUUGGGGAGUUGCCGAUAAGUGUAACACGUACAGUGAAGCAGUACAGGAAGAGUUCACUAUCGAGGGCAGCGUCACAGAGACGCUAUUCGGUGCUGCCAAUCAUGCCAUGAACACACAGCCAGUCGAGAUCUUCCAAGCGGCAAUUCUUUAUUCAUUCAUCCAGACCUUUCAAGAUCGAUCUCCGCCUGCGAUCUUUAGCGAGGGGCAUGGCCGUGAGGCAUGGGAUGCAGCUCUCGACAUUUCCCGAACGGUGGGAUGGUUUACCACCAUGUUUCCGAUAUUCAUAGCAGGCAGCAAUCAGUCUGAUCUUUUCGAUAUUAUACGCCGGACAAAAGAUGCUCGCAGGAAGAUAGAAAGCAAUGGGUGGGCUUACUUUGCCUCGCGCUACCUCAAUCCUGAGGGAAAGAAAGCUUUCAGUAAUCACUUCCCGAUUGAAAUACUGUUCAACUAUUUGGGUCUCUAUCAACAGCUGGAACGGCCCGGUGCGGUGCUCCAACAAGCAAACAAGCAGGCCAUAGAAGAUUCAGAUAUAGCAUCCGACGUCCCGCGGUUCUCGUUGAUUGAGGUUUCUGUAUCGGUUGUUGGUGGUCGUCUUCGAUUCAAUUUCAUCUAUAACCGAUACAUGAAGCACCAGGACACUAUCCGCAAUUGGAUUGCCAAAUGUGAAGACACACUCAGAGAGGCUGCGGAGACGUUGCUACACUCCAAACAACAAUACACACUUACUGAUUUCCGGCUGUUGCCUCUCACAUAUACUACCUUGGAACAGUUCAUCGAGCAAACAUUACCAGGGCUCGGUCUCUCGGCCGCGCAGGUAGAAGACGCGUAUCCAUGCUCUCCCAUGCAGCAGGGUAUUCUCCUGGGUCAGAGCUUAGAUGCAGAGCACUAUCGGACACGCUUAUUCUGGAGGGCAAGUUCAUGCGACAGCAGACCUGUUGACCUUGAGCAUCUGAUGCGUGCGUGGAAGAGAGUGGUGCAGUAUCAUCCGAUUCUGCGCACGAUGCUUGUACAGAAUAUAUCGCAACCAGGCAUGUUUGAUCAAGUUGUGUUGAAGGAGGUUGAUCCGGAUGUAUACGUGUCAGAUAAGGAUGAGGGCCCCCAUACCGCAUCGUAUGGUCAUGAAAGAGGGCUACUGCCGUAUAUCCUUACACUAUACCCCGGGAAGAACAAUGUACAGUGCGAGCUGGAAAUCAAUCAUGCACUCAUUGAUGGUACGUCGACGUCAUUGUUGAGGCGCGAUUUGGCACUGGCAUAUGAUGGAAAGCUUCCGGCCCGACAUGGUCCACUUUACAGUGACUAUAUUGCGUACCUCGGGAGUGUAUCUGCAGAUCCAGCACGGGCAUACUGGAAGGAAUAUUUGAAUGGGGCUUACCAGUGCAACUUCCCCAACCUAAAUAGCGGAAGUGAAGCCACAAGUUCCAGCUCACUACAUUCACUGAAUGUCGAUUUAAGUCUUGACCUGCGCAAGCUGCACGAAUUCAACGAAACCCACGAAUUGACUCUCUCAAACCUGUUUCAGGUAGUAUGGGGCGUCGUCCUGCAGUGCUACACGGGCUCGGACACGGUUUGCUUCGGGUAUCUAGCAUCGUGUCGAGAUAUACCUGUGGCAGGGGCUGAGGAUACUAUUGGGCCGUUUAUCAAUAUGCUCGUCUGUCGCAUGGAUUUGGAAAAGCACACGCCGAUUCUAAGCGCAUUGCAGAAGAACCAAGCAGAUUAUGCAAAGAGUUUGACUCAUCAGCAUUGCUCGCUAGCUGAUAUUCUGCGAUCCUCAUCAGCCUCCCCAGGCCAGCCCCUUUUUAAUACUGCCAUGUCUUUGCAGAGAGAUACCGGGAAAUCUGGCGAUGGGCAGUCGAGCAUUCGUGUUGAUCAUGUCCGGGGAGAGGACCCAACCGAGUUUGAUAUAACACUGCAUGUUACUGUCAAAGGCAGUGGGGUGGCCGUAUCCUUCAACUACUGGAGUUCCGUCCUAUCAGAUAUACAGGCAAAGCAAGUGGCCAACACAUUCUCUCAAAUUGUAUCCGAGAUUGUCGCCAGGCCCAGUGAUUCAGUUGGGGACUUGGAUAUAAUAAGUCAGCAAGACACAGCACAGAUACAGCAGUGGAUUCAAAAAGCUCCUGAGGAAAUUAACAGUUGCGUUCAUGAUUUGAUCCACCAGCGCUGUCUGGCACAAAAGCACUCCCCGGCUGUUUGCGCGUGGGAUGGCAAUUUAUCAUAUGGGGAACUAGAUCAAUUAUCAUCCAAACUGGCGGUCCACCUCACGAAUCUGGGGAUGAGACCAGCGAGUAUUACAAACAUGGUCAUUGUAAUCGACGAGGACGGCAGCAAGGCAUGGCAAGAAAAUGAGGGGGACUGGACGCCGGGAUUUGUCGAUCCAAAGACUCCAGCCUAUGUGGCAUACACGUCUGGGUCGACAGGAAAGCCAAAGGGAGCAAUUAUCCCGCAUACAGCACUUACUACCAGCGCAAGCGCGCAGAGCACAGCCUUUUCCCUCAACCCCAAGUCGCGAGUCUUGCAGUUUGCAUCGUACGCAUUUGACAUUAGUAUUGCCGACAAUCUGACGACAUUACUGGCCGGGGCGUGUGUGUGCGUGCCCUCUGAGAGAGAUCGGAAGAGUGAUCUAGUCAAAGCAGCGAAUGAUUUACAGAUCAACUGGGCCAACCUCACACCAUCACUUGUGAGAAUCCUGAAUCCCAGCGACCUUCCUACAUUGAAGACGUUGGUGCUUGCCGGUGAAGCAAUGCAGCAGAUAGACGUUUUGGUUUGGGCACCGCAUGUGCGCGUGAUAAAUGCAUACGGACCGGUCGAAUGCUCAAUCAUCUCCACUGUUCAGUCUGAGAUCCGUGCUGGCCCUGGAGAAGAUCCAAGCAAUAUCGGAUAUCCUAUUGGGUCAAACGCUUGGAUUGUCGACAAAAAUAACCAUCACCGACUAGCACCUAUUGGCGCAGUGGGCGAGCUCAUUAUCCACGGUCCUAUCGUGGGCGAUGGAUACAUCAACAAGCGCAAUGCAGCAUUCAUCAGCACUCCAAAAUGGGCUAGUCAAUUCAAGUUGGAGGCUGGAGACCGGAUGUAUAAAACAGGCGACUUGGUGCGAUACUCAUUGUCGGAUGGAUCUAUCUCCUACGUCGGCCGCAAGGAUACUCAGGUUAAGGUUCGUGGGCAGCGGAUUGAACUCGGUGAGAUUGAGCAUCACAUACGCCAAGCCUUCCCUUCUGCGUCGGAUGUCGUUGCAGGUGUUGUCAAACUUGCUGAACACCAAAGUCACCCAAUGCUGAUUGCCUUUAUAUGGUGUGGUCAACAAAAUACAGCUUCUGACAGGAUGUUCGAGGCACCGACUUCGGAAUUCCUGUCUGAAGCUCUCCAGGCAGAGUCGGUGCUGCAUGAUUCCCUCCCAGUGUACAUGGUUCCGAAUGCCUUUAUCCCUCUAACUCGAGUCCCUUUGACGCCAUCUGGGAAGGUUGAUCGACGUUAUUUGCAUGAGAAGGCCGCAGCAAUCUCUCGGGAUGAAAUGCAGUCAUAUAAUCCAUCAAGAUCAGCAAAGCACGAGCAGAAGCCAUUGUCAGAGACGGAAAGAACACUCCAGCAGAUCUGGGCACAGAUCCUGAACAUGGAGGCUGGCCAGAUCGGGGUUGAAGAUAGCUUCUUCAGGCUUGGUGGUGACUCCAUCACUGCGAUGCAAAUGUCUGCCCGAUUGAAAGCAGCUGGAUUUUCAACAACUGUUGCGGAGAUUUUGCGGUGGAAGACUAUCUCUCGGCUUGCGCAGCAAAUGCGGUUUGAAGAUAAACCGAUAGCCCCCGUUAUGGUGGAUGAACAGAUUGGCGUUUCGUUCGAACUCUCGCCUAUACAGCGGAUGUUCUUCGAGCAUGCUUCUUCUGGGUAUAACCACUUUAACCAGAGCUUUUUCCUCCGUUGUACCAGGAACAUUGCAAUAUCUGAUCUCAACAAGGCGCUGAAUUUAAUCUUUGCGCGACAUUCGAUGCUGAGGGCAACCUUCCAUCAGACUGAUGGGAAAUGGACUCAAGUCGUUCAGCAAAAUGAGAAAGGAUGUUACAAGCUUUUGGGGCACACUCUCAACACUGUCGAUGAAGUAAAGGAUAUGAUCUCGAAACACCAAAAGAGUCUCGAUAUAACAACAGGACCGGUGUUCAGAGUUGACCUGAUCAACAUGACAGACACUCAAUACAUUUCCCUCAUCGCCCAUCAUCUUGUUAUUGAUCUGGUGUCCUGGCGGAUCAUCUUGGCAGACUUGGAAGAACUCUUAGUCGAGGGUUCUUUGUCAGGGCUACAGACCAUAUCGUUCCAGUCAUGGUGCAAGAUACAGGCAGAGUACAGCCACUGCCAUCUGUCGCCCGCAAAGGCGUUACCGUUUGACAUUCUGCCAAUGCCAUCUGAUUACUGGGGAUCGGAAAUCCAUCAGAAUACACAUGCGGAUGUCUUGCAUUGUGGUUUCUCACUUGACAAAAAGGUCACGGAUACUGUAUUUGGUGAUGCUAAUAAUGCAUUUGGAACUCAGCCGGUUGAUAUCUUUCAGUCUGCUUUGCUUCUUUCUUUUAUCCAGACCUUCACUGAUAGGCCAGCUCCUACUAUCUUCAACGAAGGACACGGCCGAGAACCAUGGGAUGCUGGAAUCGAUCUGACCAGAACCGUUGGCUGGUUCACGACAAUCUGGCCUACACAUGUGCAAACGGACAAUCAAACCAACCAUACCAUUCCCGAAAUCCUCCGUCGGGUGAAAGAUGCCCGAAUGGCUGUCCCAGGGAAUGGGUGGUCAUAUUUCGUUUCUAGGUAUCUGAACCCAGAGGGUAAGAAGGCAUUUGGGAACCAUAUGCCGAUGGAGAUUAUCUUUAAUUACCUUGGUCUCUAUCAGCAGCUCGAAAGGUCUGGUUCUUUGCUAGAAAGUACAACGUGGAUGGAUAGCGAUGAAGUAUCGCCCCAUAUCAACCGAUUUUCAUUGAUUGAGGUCUCUGUAUUUGUCCAAGAGGGGUCCUUGAACCUCAGAUGUGCUUAUAACCGACAUAUGCGACAUCAGAAUGCGAUCUGCCAGUGGAUCUCUGCCUGUCAGCAAUCCCUCGAGGAGGCAGCCGAGAUACUACCUCAAAUGGAAAGAGGGUACACAUUACAAGACUUUCCGCUGCUGAGUCUGACAUAUACCAGGUUAGACAAUCUAAUUGAACGAGUCAAGAAGCAGGAACCAAGUGCUGUGGCAGCAGAUAUUGAGGACGCUUUCCCGUGUUCUCCAAUGCAGCAGCUGAUGCUGCGCAGUCAAAAAAGAAGAGCGGGUUACUAUGCACCAAGUCAAAUAUACGAGCUUAAAUUGAGAGACUCUGGAUCUGUGGAUAUUGGCAAAUUUGAGACAGCCUGGCAGGUGUUGUUCGAUCGCCACGCGGCUCUACGAACUGUAUUUGUUCGCGGAGAUCAAGACGACCAUCAAGUCGUCCUCAAGUCUGCAACGGCCAGAAUUCGGACGAUUUCUUGUGACGAUGACGCUCAUGCAGCUCUUCGUGCCCAGUCACCCCCUGAUUAUUGUAAAGGAGGUUUGCUUCAUCAGCUCACUGUGUCCCAAACCAUGUCUGGACAAGUGUUCAUUAAGAUUGACAUCAGUCAUGCCAUUACUGAUGCGGCAUCACUGUCAAUUCUCUUCCACGAGUGGUGUCUUGCGUAUGAGGACCAGCUGCCGAAUAGUAUCACCCCACUGUACAGCACUUACAUAGCAGGCCUUCUCAGGACCUCGACUGUCGACACUCAAUACUGGAAGGAAUAUCUCACCAACAUGCCACCGUGCUUUUUCCCAGUUGCGAACAGUUCCAGUCAGGAUCCUGGACAAUUGCGGCGCGUGGAUGUUGGCAUCGACCUUGAUCUAGCGAGCAGAAUGCACGACUUCUGCCAGGGCCAUGAUACCACCGUCCCAGCGCUGAUUAAAGCCGUGUGGGCGGUGAUCCUUCAUAAAUUUGUGAAACAUACUAGCAACUCAGUAUGCUUCGGCUAUCUCACAUCAGGGCGACACGAGUCAAUAGUCAACAUUGAAAACAUUGUCGGUGCUCUGGUUAACCUCCUCGUCUGUCGAAUCCACAUUGAGGGGAAGACUAGCUACAGAAGUAUACUAUCUGCCAUGCAAGAGGAUUACCACAACUCACUCCCCCGACAUGCAGGUGCGAUCCGCGCCAUGGACGUGCUGGGAUUGAGCCCACCAUCACAUCAUAUCUUCAACACGCUGGUUAAUCAUCGCAAGCACAAUGAGAUGCAGCCUGGUGGUAUUUCAUUUGAGUGUGUUUCUGGGGAGGAUGCCAUGGAGUUUGAUAUAGUAUUGCAGGUUGACGAACGUGGGAGAAAUGUGAGUGUGUGUAUUGAUUAUUGGGAUGGCCGGGUUCCAGAUGAGGUGGCUGGGGAGAUUGCCGUUGCUUUUAAUGCGACUGUGGUGCGGUUUAUGGAUGAUUUUGAAUGAUAGGUUAGAUGUGCUGUAGUUGGAAAUAGUUGAUACUAGAUGGGAGGUUUUACACAGGAAUAACGUGGUCAAUGCAUUUCAGCAUUUCAUGUUCAUAGACAUGAAACAGAGUUAAGAUCGAUUUGAUCUUGACCCAUAAUUUCGAAUGCUGUGUCCCACAUUUGAUCAUAAUAUAUACAUUUUCAUCAUAAUAUAUCAAAUAUAUACAGU